GGGGGGCGGGGCAGUGAUGUGGAGCUUUUCCGUAGUGACAGGAGCAGCGGCCGGCACCGCCAGCCCUAUGGCUUGUGACUAUGAGCAGUUCUGAAACGACAACCAUGAAAAUCCCAAAGCUUCCGUUCCUCCUGCUUCUUGCUUUGUGCAUCACGCUGUAUAUCAGCUACCUCCGAUGGAAUCCUAGUGUCCAGAUGGAUAAAUCCGAGUCAGACCUGAAGAACGCACCUGGAGCUGUCCGACGUGAAAUACUCUACGGUAUAAUGUUUGAUGCUGGGAGCACAGGAACACGAGUGCACGUCUACAAGUUCAGUCAAUCAUCCUCCGGGGCACCCCAUCUGGAGCACGAACUCUUUAAGGCCAUAAAGCCAGGACUGUCCGAGUAUGCUGACCAGCCAGAAAAGUGUACUGCAGGAAUAAAAGAGCUGCUAGAUAUUGCCAUUGAAGAAAUACCCGAACACCUCUGGAGAUCGACUCCACUCGUCCUCAAAGCGACAGCUGGAUUACGCCUUUUACCGGAAGAGAAAGCACAGAAAUUAUUGGACACGGUGAAGAACAUUUUUCAGUCAUCUCCCUUCCUUGUUGGAAAAGAAAGUGUCUCUAUAAUGGAUGGAACUGAUGAAGGAAUAUUUGCUUGGAUCACUGUUAACUUUCUAACAGGGAGUUUAACAAACCCUUCUGCCAAGCUGGCUGGAAUGCUGGAUCUCGGUGGUGGAUCAACACAAAUCACCUUCUAUCCAUAUGAAAAGUCCACAUUUACUGGUGCUCCGACUGGAUAUAUUACCAACUUUCAGCUGUUUAACCGCACGUUCCACCUCUAUUCACACAGUUACCUUGGGCUUGGAUUAAUGUCAGCGAGACUGCAGAUUAUGGGAGGCACUGAAGGAGAACCAAUUAAGCCAGAUGAAGAGUUAAUAACGCCUUGUUUAACACCGGACUAUGUCACAGAAUUUAACCAUGCAGGAAUAACUUACAAAGUAAAGGGACAGAAUAACGUAAAAUCUUUAUAUGAAUCAUGCUGUAAAAGUGUAGCAACGCUGCUGACCAACAAAGUAAACCACGCUGACGAAGUGGCAACUGUGUUCUUUUAUGCCUUUUCUUAUUAUUUUGAUCGGGCUGAGGACACACAUUUAAUAGAUCCAAGUGUUGGUGGCUAUGUAAAAGUGAGAGAUUUUGAAACGGCAGCCAUAAAAGAAUGUACAAAUAUGGAAAAGACUGCAGGCAGCAAUCCUUACCUCUGUAUGGAUCUAACGUAUAUAACACACCUUCUUCAGGAUCUUGGUUUUCCAAAAGACAAGCGCUUAAAGCUUGUUAAGAAAAUCAAUGAUGUAGAAACGAGCUGGGCCCUCGGUGCCACGUUUUAUUACAUGGAUGUGAUGAAGAACAAUGUCUAGAACAACGUAAAUUAAUAUGACGAACUGUAAGGGAAGAGGCAAAAUACUUGAACAAAUUCUGAUGCUUUCAGAAACCUUGCCAUAAUAUGUGCCAUAAGACCCAGUGUCAGGGUUGAUUAUUUUAAUUAUUUAUCUGGACUAAUGCUGAUUGAAAACAUAAGACCUCUAGAUUGUACUGAGAUUAUAUAACAUGAUAGGCCUUUAACUUGAUUCUUACUGAUUUGCUCAUCUCCUUCCACUCCUCCCACUGUCAAGGAACUGAACUGAAAUUUUACUUUUGUUACAGAAAACUGACUUUUUUUUUCCGUCCAGUACAGUAAAGCUGUGUUCACAUAAGUGUUGUUAUCCGUUCCCUCACCAUUCUAGUGAUUUUUUUUUUUUUUAUUUAUGGCAAGAAUUUUGCAGACCGCUGUUUUUGCCAUCAGAAAUACAGGCACUGAUGGAAACUAUAUCUGGAUCCGUCAUACCAGAUCUGUUACUUUUCAUAACAGAAACAGUAAACUUGGUCUUGAAAUUUUAAGCAUCUCCAAUAACUCAUGUCCAACCCUUGUGAGAGAUUUGAAAAUAUAGAGAUGUCCUUUAUUAACAACAUGAAUAAGCUGGAUAAAUCCUUUCUAUUGUAAACCAUUGGUUUACCAAAGAUUUUGGAGGCCCAAUGCACCUUUUUUAGGUAGUUUUGAACAUGCAUUGACUUUUUUAUAAUGUGAACACGCAUGGGAUAUGGUACUAUAUCUGAAUCUUAUUUGGCAACUAGAAAACUCUCAAAAAGGUCCCUUCAGCUCUCCUGACAUGUCUAGUUUAUUCUUGUGUUCUUCAUGAAACAACAAUUCUGGAGCAUCUUUUGUUAUCAUUCUGAGUUCUCAUUCUUCUGUUAUUCCUCCUGAAUAUUUAUAAAUUGUAUGUUACAAUUCCUAUUGGCAAAGGCAGAAUUUUCCCAGUGGGCCACUGCUGCUGGCCAGGUACAUACUACAGGGGUCCAGGCAGCAUGCCGAAGGUAGGGCUGGCUUGGUGCUGUGGCUGUAUAUCACCUCCUAAGCCCCCUGCUCCGUAUCUUAAUUAGGGGAGGAGGAGGACAGAAUGUGGCCACCACAGAGGGACAUUCUUCUGGGGAGGGAUUUUGUGCUCCAUUCUGGUAUUUGGUUCUUUGGGAUGGUAUUCUGUGCUGCACCAUGGUAAUGCUGACCCUGCCAACUUGGGUUGCCUACAUCCUUUCAGUUUGGAACCACCUACAACAUUGGGGCCACUUUAAGUUCACAGUCUGCCCCUGGGCAAAGUGGUGUGACAUGAGAUGAUGGCUGAUUGGACAGUGUCAGAGUUUGUAGGGACAAAUCCUCAGCUGGUACCAACAGUUGUCAUUUUAGUCCUAUAUUUCUAGGAGGAGUAACAGGAAUAGCAAAAUGCAACAAUAUGUUCAAGAGUUAUGUGCUUGAAUAUUUAUUUAUUGAGUGAGAUGUCAUUAAGAGAUGACAGGUCCACUUUUUAUAGAAAUAUGGCCGCCUGUAUAUCGAUUAACCAGCAACUGCCUUUACUGUAUGUUCAGUUUUCUCGAGUUUCAAAGUCAAUGAUUUGGAUUAUUUUCUUGUACACUGGAUAACACUGUGGUGCCUCAUUUCUUUAGUACAGACCUUUUGAUCCACAGUUCUCCAUGCUCACGCUAGGGUCUAAAAAAAAAAAAAAAAGUUUUUGCCAUUUUCUACGCCCGUCUUACAUUUAGGAGUGGCAGAGGAUCCGCCGAAGUUAUGUAGAGGCCGACGCGUCUACAUAACUGCGCUAGAUCCACCACCAGUGCAGGGCCAUCUAAAACGCUGGUCUUUAUAAAUAACCCCUAUACCAAAAGUGUGCCAGUCUAUAUAUGGUUCUAGGUCAAUAGACACCAUAUGCAUCUAUCAACAGAUUGCCCCUCUGUGGUGAUAACCGGCAGCAGGAUGGGGCAGAGCUUGGAAAAAAUGUACUGUAUCACAAAAAAGAGCACCUCAGCCUUAGUAGUAGUAUAAAUGCAUGACAUCCAAAAUGUCUGACAGUGGCAUUACAAUGUACUUAUGAUUUUAAUUCAAGUAGUUCCUGACAACUUUGUGCCAUUUAAUAGCUUUUGGUAAAUUGAGGUAAAGCCAAACAGCGGUGAUUGUCACUGACCAGGUCCUACCUCACAGAGCCUCUGCUACAUCUCUGGAUUAAACGACGACCGCUCAUGGGCAGAUUUAUCAUGAAAAACUUCAAGGCGCUGUCCUUUUUUAUUUUUGUGUGUGAGUACAAUGGUUUUCAGCACACUCAUGAUUGUUAAAGUUUGUUUUAACUUAUUAACCUAUUAUGAACAUUUUGUAGAUAUGUAAAUGUUCUAUUUAAUAAAGAUGUAGUUUUGUAACUUUAA